AUGUUAAAUUAUAUUAAAUAUUGCAUUAUAAUUUCGCGUUAUAUUUUCGUGGUGUUCAUUGUGUUCAUCAUCAUUUACUGUCUGCCAAACAGUAGCAGCAAAGUGACCGCCGGGCGAAAGUAUGCGCCCAAUUGGGACUCAAUAGACGCCCGACCGCUGCCUCACUGGUACGACGAGGCAAAGGUAGGCAUUUUCAUACACUGGGGUGUAUUCUCUGUGCCCUCGUUUGGCAGCGAAUGGUUUUGGUGGCGUUGGAGGGGAACCCAUGACAAGGCCUGCAACGACUUCAUGGCCCGCAAUUAUAAGCCGCGUUUCACUUACGCCGACUUUGCCCAUCAGUUUACCGCUGAAUUCUAUGAGCCCAACCAUUGGGCAGAGAUUUUCAAAGCAUCGGGCGCUAAAUAUGUAGUGCUGACGGCCAAACAUCACGAGGGAUACACUCUGUGGCCAUCAAAGACAUCGUUCAAUUGGAAUUCAGUAGAUAUCGGACCGAAUAGAGACUUAUUGGGUGAUUUGGCGACUGCGGUGCGCAAAGCGGGCCUUCGUUUUGGUGCUUAUCAUUCGUGGUUUGAAUGGUUUAAUCCGUUAUAUAAUGACGAUAAAAAUAAUAAGUGGAGUACUCGGCGUUUUGUUCAAUUCAAAGCGCGUCCAGAAUUAGAAGAAUUGGUCAAUACAUACAAACCAGAAGUGAUUUGGUCUGACGGCGAUUGGGAGGCGCCCGACACCUACUGGAACAGCACCGACUUCUUGGUCUGGCUUUACAACGAGAGUCCCGUGAAAGACACUGUUGUGGUGAAUGACAGAUGGGGUGCGGGCACGGGUUGCAAACAUGGUGGUUAUUUUAGUUGCGAUGAUCGCUACAAUCCGGGUGUACUUCAGCGCCACAAAUGGGAAAACGCCAUGACUUUAGACAAGAGUUCGUGGGGUUUCCGACGCGACGCACAACUCAGCGAUUAUUUAACUACACAUCAAUUGGUCACUACUUUGGCUCAAACAGUGAGUUGUGGCGGAAAUUUGCUCAUAAAUAUCGGUCCCACACAUGACGGUAGAGUUGCCCCGAUAUUUGAGGAGCGUUUGAGAGCAUUGGGUGCGUGGCUCGCAGUGAAUGGCGAGUCUAUAUACGCGACCACUCCGUGGAAACACCAAAACGAUACCAUCGCUAAAAACGUUUGGUAUACACAAAAGGCACAGUCUGUGUAUGCAAUAGCACUGGAUUGGCCGCAAACCAAUCAAUUAACUCUGGGAGCGGUUGACACCAAAAUUGUGGAUACAAUUCAACUGUUGGGAGCGAAAGGCCAUCUAGUAUUCAAAGAGUCGGGCGCUUCAACGGUAGUGACUUUCCCACAACUCAGUCCCGGAUCACUAUCUCAAGCAUUUGUUCUCAAAAUUAAUACUAAAUAAUUAAUUUUGAUUUUAUUU